AGGAGCAUCGCAAGAAUCUUCACAAUUCAACAAGCAGCACGCUUCAUAAGUUGUUAGUAACAAAGAAAGAAUCUAAAAUCAAAAAUGAAUUUCGGAAAAUUGUUUUUCUUCGUCUUCGCAUGUGUCUUGGCUUUGAGCUCGGUGUCGGCGGCACCAAAAUGGAAACUUUUCAAGAAAAUUGAACAUAUGGGCCAAAACAUUCGCGAUGGUCUCAUUAAAGCUGGUCCGGCAGUCCAGGUGGUGGGCCAAGCCGCCACCAUCUAUAAAGGAAAAUAGAAAAGCUGGAAAAUCAAGGCCAUGUCAAUAAGGGCUUAUUUAUAGUAAUAAUGCAAGACCAAACCUUCAGAGAAAAAUAUAUUCAUCAAUUCAAAUGAAAAAGUUGAAUGCUUGGACCUGAUACAUAUUCUAGAAGAUUUUAACUUUAGCAACUACCUACAUUUUGUAUCAGUGGCGCUACUCUGUAUUAUUCCCAAUUAUUGACUCAUAAUUUGCUGGAAUGUAAAAAAGCCCGUAUUCCGAUAAUCAUGACGAGUGAUUAUGCUAUUCUGCUGGAAUUUUCUACUACCUAUUAUUGAAAUAGGUAAGGAAUUUACGCAGUAAGCCUGCAGAAUUUAUAAACUACCGCUUCUCUGAAGUUUGGUUAUUGGUUCUAUUGUAAAUAACUCUGUACUUACUGCCCCAAAUACUUGAAUUUAUUUAUUUCUUAAUGUAAGAUAUUAGUAUUAUUUGGUAAUAAAUAUUUUUAGUCA